CACACUGAAGUUACUCUGCUGCACACUUCAACAGAAGAGGAGGUUACUCAGGGACGAAGCAUCACCUCAUCACUCUCAGGGUUAUUUCUCUGGAUUAUAAGAUCUGCAGUUUGAAGAUGUGUUCAACCAUCAUGUGAUGAAGAACUGACCGAUCUCAUUAACUGCAGAAACCAUUUCUGUUUACUUCAGGACGCUAACUAGUUGGAGUAUUAAGAACGUGCCACAGAGAGGUGAAAUGGCACAGAAAGGAGUUCAGCUGGAGAGGGAAAUUAUUUCUUGUUCGAUCUGUCUGGAUUUACUGAAGGAACCAGUGACUAUUCCCUGUGGACACAAUUACUGCAUGAACUGUAUUAAAACCUGCUGGGAUGAACAAGACGGGAAUACGGUUCACAGCUGCCCUCAGUGUAGGCAGACCUUCACACCGAGACCUGUCCUGAUGAAAAACAUCAUGUUAGCAGUUUUAGUGGAGGAACUGAAGAAGACUGGACUCCAAGCUGCUCCUGCUGAUCUCUGCUAUGCUGGACCUGAAGAUGUGUCCUGUGAUGUCUGCACUGGGAGAAAACUGAAAGCCUUCAAGUCCUGUCUGGUCUGUCUGAUCUCAUUCUGUGAGAAACACCUCCAGCCUCAUUAUGAUGCAGCUCCAUUAAAGAAACACAAGCUGGUGGACCCCUCCAAGAAGCUCCAGGAGAACAUCUGCUCUCGUCAUGAUGAGGUGAUGAAGAUGUUCUGCCGUACUGAUCAGCAGUGUAUCUGUUAUCUCUGCUCUGUGGAUGAACAUAAAGGCCACGACACAGUCUCAGCUGCAGCAGAAAGGAGUGAGAGGCAGAGAGAGCUCGAGGUGAGUCGACAAAACAUCCAGCAGAGAAUCCAGGACAGAGAGAAAGAUGUGAAGGAGCUUCAACAGGAGGUGGAGGCUAUCAAUCGCUCUGCUGAUAAAGCAGUGGAGGACAGUGAGAAGAUCUUCACUCAGCUGAUCAGUCUCAUCCAGAAAAGAAGCUCUGAUGUGAAGCAGCAGGUCAGAUCCCAGCAGGAAACUGAAGUGAGUCGAGUCAAAGAGCUUCAGGAGAAGCUGGAGCAGGAGAUCACUGAGCUGAAGAGGAAAGACGCUGAGAUGAAGAAGCUGUCACACACAGAGGACCACACCCAGUUUCUACACAACUACCCCUCACUGUCAGCACUCAGUGAAUCUACAUCCAGCAUCAAUAUCCGUCCUCUGAGGUACUUUGAGGAUGUGACAGCGGCUGUUUCAGAGCUCAGAGAUAAACUACAGGACGUUCUGAGAGAGAAAUGGACAAACGUCUCACUGACAGUGACUGAAGUGGAUGUUUUACUGCCACAACCAGAGCCCAAGACCAGAGCUGGAUUCUUACAAUAUUCACUUGAAAUUACACUGGAUCCAAACACAGCUCACACAAAGCUGUUAUUAUCUGAGGGGAACAGAAAAAUCACGAAUGAACCACAGUCUUACUGUAAUCACCCAGACAGGUUCACUUCAAGUAGGCAGGUCCUGAGUAGAGAGAGUCUGACUGGACGUUGUUACUGGGAGGUGGAGUGGAGGGCAGAAGAAAUUAAUAUUGCAGUUGCAUACAAGAAUAUCCGCAGAGAUCAGAGCUUUGGCCACAAUCUAGAAUCUUGGACAUUACAUUGUUACAAACAGAGUUAUACUUUUGAGCACAACUUUGUCCAAACUCCAGUCUCAGGUCCUCUGUCCUCCAGAGUUGGAGUGUAUCUGGAUCACAGUGCAGGUAUUUUGUCCUUCUACAGCAUCUCUGAAACCAUGACUCUCCUCCACAAAGUUCAGACCACAUUCACUCAGCCUCUCUAUGCUGGACUUGGUCUUUGCUACUGGUAUGGAGAAACGGCUGAGUUAAUUAAACUAAAAUAGUCAAUGGUUAUUUAAUGGGCAUUGGGUUAAAUUCCGUCAUUUAAUUUUAAACUUUUUUUCCCCCGUUUUUGUUGCUGAGACCUGAUUGACCAUUAUUGACGGUACUUUGACAUCUUCUCAUUAGUUGUUCUGUAAAUGUUUGUUCCUUUGGGUUAGUCUUUACCUUCCUGUGCCUGUGAAAAUUGGCAGCCAAUAUUAGGUCCAUGACGUAAAUAUAUGAUUCCUUACAUCUGAUUACAAGUGCUCCAUGUUAUUUCAUAAGAAUAAGAAGUCAGAGAAAUUUGAACCUAUAGCUUUGAAACUCACACUUCCAAUUACAAUCUGAGAACUGAUGUGAAUAACAUUUAUAAAGCGUAAACUCUUCUAAUCCAUCUUUCCCAUAUGACCUGAAUGCAGCAUCAUUGUUACAGGGUGUGAACACUCUGACAUAAUGUGAUAUUACAAAUAUUUAAAUCUCUCUUUGCUGAUGUUGUUUUCAGCUGCCAAAGGCUCAGUGAAUGUCUUUCUGCAGUGAACAUCACAGCAGGUUAACAAAAACUAAAAUGAAUGUGAAAACUGAUGCACAAAAGAAAACAAAGUAAUAAGAACUUCUUCUGUAGAAAAUGGCUGCGGUGACUAUGUGACAUUAGAUUGUUCAUACUGAUGCAUAUGUAAUGAAUGAAUAAGCAGCACUUUACAAUUGUAGCUGCUGGAGCGCUUACCUAUAUAACACCAGAUCCAUAGUCCUCACUUCUGUAACUAAACUAUGUUAUUUUUGCAUGCCUUCUUUAUCUGAGUCUUUAACAUAGCUUUUAUUAAACACUAUUGUUAUACCUGUAUAAUUGGUUUUAUUGUCAUUUUUAUCUUUGUAUUGGAAUUAAAACUAUAUAGAUUAGAGGUAGAACUGGGUAGAUUUACAUUCUGCCUUAUUGCAGUCUUGUCAAUCAUCUGUGAAGCACCAAACUGUACGAAAACUGUUAUAAACUAUAUAAAUAAAGUUUGACAGAUUGAUUGAAGAAAUGGUUUGAAA